AUGUCGGUGAAAUCGAAGCAGGAGAGUAAUCAAAUACUGGAAUCUCACACUGUGUGCUCAUUGAAGAAUUCAAACUCUGCUGCUCCAAAACGACCAGUCUUGAAUGAUGACUCGUCGUCUUCAAGUGAGUCGGAUCUUCCUGCGAAAAAAAGGAGGUUUGGAACCGAACAUCCAACUUCAAAGGGGAAGGAUAAGGCGUCAAAGGCCAUGAUUUCCAAAAUUACCGUCUGUGAUGCCUCGUACAAAGGCAAUGUCGGAUGUUCUGGCGCUGGCAAAUCGAAGAGCGCCACAUUGUCCAAUGUCAUUACUGAUGCCGACUCCACACCAAAGACGCCUAGUGCUGUUACAGGAACAGGGACACCGAACUCCGCUAAACAACGACUUCCAUUCCGACGUGUCGAGGAUGAUGCCUACGUGGUUCCACCAGAGUUGGCCGACAACUCUUUUGCUGCGAAGCGAGGCGCUCAAGGCAGUUGGGGUGAGCGCGCGGAUAUGACCCUGAAAUUUACUCGGGGUAAGGACUUUCGUCACGAGAAGACCAAGAAGAAACGCGGCACCUACAAUGGUGGAAUCAUCUCCACAGCAGUGUGUUCCUUCAAGUUUAACGAAUAG